AUGAUUCCUUUUCAAGAGCAGUUGUUGAAUCAACAAGAUGAAUUGAAAACAAUUGUAUCUGGUUGGUUUUAUAAUGUUGAUUUUAAUGAAAUUUAUGAAGAUAAUAUUGUAGAAUAUCUUUCAUUUGUUACCUAUACAACUCAUCCUAAAGAUUUAACUAAAGAAGAACGACAAUAUAUACAACAUUUAUUUCAACUAUUAUUUUCAAAACAUCAAAUAAAAAAAGGAUAUAAUUCUAAAAUUAAACUUAUGUCACCUUUAGCAGAUCCAAUUAAAUAUGCACAUUUUCCAUUUAUAUAUUAUACAAUCACAUGGUUAUUACAUCAAUUAGGUUGUUGUUAUUUAAGAUAUUUAGGAUAUAAACAUAUUGUAAUUAAUAAUGUUUCAUUUUGGAUUUAUAAAUCACAAUCAAAACAACCAUCUAUUCUCUUUAUUCAUGGAGUAAGUACUGGUCUAACAGCUUAUAUGGCAUUUAUCAGACGAUUACAUUAUUCUACAAGACGAACACUUAUUCUAUUAGAUUUACCUUAUGUUAGUAUGCGUCAUUGUUUUACGAUUAAUCCAAUGGCUACAAUCUUAAAAUCAUUAGAAGAAUUACUUUUAAAAAAUGAUUUAAUUAAACAAAAGUUAACGAUUGUUGGUCAUAGUUAUGGGACAUGUGUACAAGCAUAUUUAAUUAGACAUGGACGAGAAUUAUUGAGUGAGAAAACAAUCUUUUUAGAUCCUGUAUGCUUCUUAUUAUAUCAUGCAAUAAUGCCCUAUAAUUUUUUGUAUCGUCAUCGACCACGUACACCCAAUCAAUUCAUGAUUUAUGCAUUUUGUUCAUGUGACUUGUUUAUUGCUAAUACUUUGCAACGAAAUUUUUAUUGGUAUGAAAAUAUUAUUUAUGUAAAAGAUUUAAAAGCGAUACAAGAAUCAUUUGUAUUUCUUUCGGAAUUAGAUGAUCUUGUACCGGCUCAAUUGGUUGAGAAUUAUUUAAAAACAAAGAAAGAUCAAGAUCAACAAGUGAACGUUAAGAUAUUUUCAAAAUUUAAACAUGCUCAAUUUUUGUUAUCAGAUAAGGCACAACAAGAAAUUUUAGCUGCGUUGAAUUAG